AUGCCCCCUCCCCCCCCCAACCCCCCUCCCCCCUCCCCGCCCUCCUCGUCUUCUCCUCCCCUCCAGUCCCAGCUCCACCCAUUCCUCUCCCGCUAUCUCCUGCAGGUCCUCCUCGCCGCACAGCUGCGCGAGCGGCGGCCUCGCGGCUGGCUCGCGCCCGGGCUGCUGGAGGUGCGUCCCAGCCUCGUCGCCGGCGCCGGCCGCGGCUGCUUUGCGGCGACUGCGCUGCCCUCCGGCACGGUUCUGGGAGCGUACCCUGGCCGCUUGCGAUCGGCAGCCGAGUACGCAACGAAGCUGCGCGUCGUCGGGCCGCACGUGGCCGAGUAUUGCUGGCGGAUCGGCGACGUCGCGGCUCUCGACCCGACCGACGGGGAGGGGCGGCUGUACGAGGCGCGUGGCACUCUCACACACCAGGGCUCUCCACUUCUCUCUGCCCCCUCUGCCCAGCACAGCAUGGAUGCCCUGUCUGUGCGGUGGCAGGCACCCGGAGUGCCUCUGAUCGAAGGCAUGCCAGAGAGCCUGCGGACCGGCGCGAUGGCGAACUGGUGCACGCCAACCACGCUCGCCCUCCUCAACGAGCCGGGCCCGGGCGGGGACGUGAACGUCGGCGUCGCAGUCGAGGGGGCGGACGUCGUCUUCUCGGCGGAGAGGGACGUACGCCGCGGCGAGGAGCUGUACCUCGACUACGGGCAGGACUACGACCGCAGCGGCUAUGGCGGCGGCGCCUGA